AGGAAUGGUUGGACGAAAGGCAGUUGAUUUUGAAGAUUUCUUGCCACCUAUGGCUGAGAAAUUGGAUGGGGAAGGAUUGAUUGGAGAGCUUUGUAAUGGGUUUCACUUAUUGAUGGGCCCUAACAAGGAAGUCAUCACGUUUGAAAGCUUGAAGAGGAACACUGAUUUACUAGGGUUGCAGGGUUUGAAAGAUGAUGAAUUGUUGUCUAUGUUGAGAGAAGGUGAUUUGGAUGGUGAUGGUGGUCUUAAUCAGAUGGAACUUUGUAUUUUGAUGUUUAGAUUGAGCCAUGAAUUGAUGGAGGAGUCAGAGAGUUUGUUGGAAGAAGCUCUGAUACAGGAAUUGAGAAAUCCCUAAUUGGGUUUUUCAUUUUCCCCUUUGUUCUUUUCGUUUGUAAUUUUUUUUUUCCUCUCAAUACUUCUUCCCCAUUUGUUUUCCACUUUUUAGUGGCAAUGAAAAUAAUGGAAUCAAGCUUU